AUGAUGAAACAAGUCAAUUUUACUUUAGUCAUAAUGAUGAUAACAGUUUGUAUUAUCAAUACUGCUCGAAUACCGAUUGCAGGAAGUUUCAAUCCGUUUGUUGAUAAAAAUCAACCUGAUGACACUGAAAAUAAAGCGCAUUCAAAUGUUAAUUUACCUUCUCUUAAUUCAAUUCAUGGUCAUGUUCAUCGUUCAUCGGAUACGAAUGAAACUGAGUCCAUUAAAAAUAAUACGCACGUGGAAAAAGCUGGCCCAUCAUUAGAUAUUAUUGAUUCACAUCCACAUUCACAUGAUGAAGAAGACAACGAGUCUAUUUUAGACAGUGCUAAACGCUUGUUAAUACAACCAUCCGUCAAUAUGCUUGAUGCCCAAUUACACGGUGGACAUGAUCAUGUUCAUGAUAAUAAUCAAACUGAUAAUCAAGCAGCUGAUUUAAAUGAUUUUUAUCUUUGGUUAAAAGAACAAAAUGAAACAAAUCAAUUAAACCGUUUUAUAUCGCUACAGAAAGAAGUGAAUCAAUACAAAUUUGAUAACGGAGAAGAUUUAAAAGAUAAACUAAGUCGUACUAUUGAUGCUUUGAAGUCAGCUGUUAAAGGACAACCACGAAAAAAACAUGAUUUGUAG